CCAAUGACAACUAAAAAUGAGGUUAAAUUGAAAACGUUUGUUUUGUAAACAAAAACGUAAAAAUGAGCAACACAGAGGAACAAGAACCACCCGUUAAAAGGUACCGUCGUGAGGAGAAAGAUAGAAGCAGUUCUGAAAGUGACGAUGAUAACUAUGUCCCUUAUGUUCCAGUGAAAGAAAGAAAGAAGCAACAGUUGCUUAAAUUGGGCAGAAUUGGACAGUUAAAGGAAGCGGAACAAAGUAAACCUAAAUCAUCAAGCGAGAAUGAAACGAAUGAAGAUGAAGAGGAGGAUGAAAUAUGGGGUAGAAAAAACAAUAUUCCACUUUUGGACCAACAUACCGAACUUAGGAAGCUAGCUGAAGCGAAAAAAGUGAGUGCCGUGGAGAGACAGUUGAAAAAAGAAGAGGAAAUCUUAGAAAUAGUAGCAGAAAAGAAGGCUCUUAUGGGUGUAUCAGAAUUAGCAAAAGGAAUACAAUAUAGCGAUCCAAUAAAAACAAGCUGGAAGCCACCAAGAUACAUUUUACAAAUGCCAGAAAGCAGACACAACAAAUUGAGAAGUGAAUUACGUAUAUUAGUUGAGGGUGAAGAAAUACCGCCUCCUUUAAAAACGUUCAGAGAAAUGAAGCUCCAUGAAGGCAUUAUUGCGGGAUUGAAAGAAAAACAUAUAAAAAAACCUACACCUAUUCAAAUCCAGGGAAUUCCAACAGUAUUGUCAGGGAGAGACAUGAUCGGAAUUGCUUUUACGGGUUCUGGAAAAACAUUAGUGUUCGUACUCCCUUUAAUAAUGUUCUGUUUGGAGCAAGAAGUAAAACUACCUUUCAUAAAAAAUGAAGGGCCGUACGGACUCGUUAUUUGUCCUUCGAGAGAACUGGCGAAACAAACUUAUGAUAUUAUCUUGCACUUUUGCAACAGCUUACGAAAGUUUGGCAUGCCUGAGAUUCGGUGUUCUUUGGCGAUUGGAGGUGUGCCAGUCACUGAAGCUAUAGAAGUAAUUCAAAAGGGUGUACAUAUCAUGGUAGCCACACCGGGUAGACUAAUGGAUAUGUUGGAGAAGAAAAUAGUGAAACUAUCAGUCUGUAGGUAUCUAUGUAUGGAUGAAGCUGAUCGAAUGAUAGAUUUAGGCUUUGAGGAAGAUGUUAGAACGAUAUUUUCAUACUUCAAUGGGCAAAGACAGACAUUACUUUUCUCUGCUACGAUGCCGAAGAAGAUUCAGAACUUUGCUAGGUCGGCAUUGGUGAAACCUGUCACUAUUAACGUCGGCAGGGCAGGAGCAGCUUCCAUGAACGUUGUACAGGAAGUCGAGUACGUCAAACAGGAAGCGAAGAUAGUAUAUUUGUUGGAAUGUUUACAAAAAACGCCCCCUCCGGUUCUUAUUUUUGCCGAAAAGAAACAGGACGUUGAUGCUAUUCACGAGUAUCUGUUGCUAAAAGGCGUCGAAGCAGUUGCCAUACAUGGAGGGAAAGAUCAAGAGGAAAGGUCUAGAUCAGUAGAAGCUUUUAGGAAACUAGAAAAGGACGUACUCGUAGCUACAGACGUGGCUUCUAAAGGUUUAGAUUUUGCCGAUAUUCAACAUGUUAUAAAUUACGACAUGCCAGAUGAUGUAGAAAAUUACGUUCAUAGAAUUGGUAGGACAGGUCGUUCGGGGAACAAGGGCUUAGCAACUACGUUUAUAAAUAAAUCCAAUGAUGAAUCGGUUCUGUUGGACUUGAAACACUUGCUGAUAGAAGCUAAGCAGAAGGUGCCACCGUUUCUUGCCGAGCUCUGCUCAGAAAAUGAGAAAUAUCUGGAACUGGGAGGUGAACAUGGGUGCAGUUAUUGCGGUGGUCUUGGUCAUAGGAUUACGGACUGUCCCAAACUGGAGGCUCUUCAAAACAAACAGGCCUCUAAUAUCGGGAGAAGAGAUUACUUGGCGAAUACAGCGGCUGAUUACUAAUAUCGAUUUGUUGUAAAUAUGUAUUAUUUAUAUAAAUACUUUAUUAUUUGAUUACAUAAAUUUAGUAAUUUUA